AUGAUCCGCUCGCCGCGCUCUCCUCCACGACGCGCUCCCGGCGCAGCUCGCGCCCAGCUCCAACGGUCAUGCACCAGAUCGCCGCACAGCUCGCCAACGGCCUCCUCCUGCACCCCUGCGUAUGAUGCGCGCGCACCCGUGCACCCCGUGCACCACACACACCUACACACGCACGCCUACACCGUGUACCCGGUGCACCCGACGCGUCUGGUGCGUGCCCAUACACGCUCCGGCCGCGCCGAGUUCAUCGCCACGCUUGCAAAAGUGUCUUAUAUUGUGGGGUGCAGGGAGUAUUAUACCACGUGCACCAUGGGCCAUACCAUAUGUUCAUCUUGCCGUGACAAGCUCCCAGACAAGUGUUGCUUCUGCUCCCUUCCCACAGUCUACAAUCGCUGCCACCGGCUAGAAGAUGUGGUUGAAUCAAUCCAACUUGCUUGUUCCAACAGCGAACACGGAUGCACUGCAAGGAUAACACACUACCAGAAAGAUGAGCAUGAGAAAGAUUGCCCGCACGUGCCAUGCUUCUGCCCGGUAACCGACUGCAGCUUCAAAGGGCCAACUGCAAUGCUCCUGGAGCAUUUCUCACGCGUGCACAGGGCGCCCAGCACGAAAUUUAUAUACAACGAGGCGUUUGGGGUCCGCAUCCAUGGCGAUGCUCCUGAUUCACUCAUUCUUGUGGGCGAGGAUGGGCACGUCUUCAUGCUCGAAGUGGAAAUGGAGUCCGCCGGCGGUGUCAUCUCAAUUUGCUGUGUUCAGCCUCACAUUACUGGAUCCAAGUUCAAGUGCAAGCUAUCAAUAUAUUGCAAUGAAACGGGCUACGCUCAGGCUGCCGAGUUCGAAACGAGGAACACUAAUCUGUAUGAUGGAAUGCCCAAGGACUUCAUGUUCCUUGUGCCCAAGGUGUUGCUUCAACGUGCCAUAACCACUGUGGUUGUGACUCUCAGGCCACAAUAG